AUGGCAGACGACGUGAAACUAAGACGAGCAGUAACCAAUUCUUUGGUCUAUCAACGACAAAAACGUAAACAAGCUGAUGAACAUAGUCAAACAAAACAAAAGAAUAACUUAAUAUCAAAGAAUGGUGAACAAAAAAUAGCACCGGCUGAGAGUAUAGAUGAACAAAGUGAAGUUGAGUAUGAAACGAAAAUGACAACAUUGCAUAAAACACUUCUAAAAUUAAUUUCAAUAUCAUCUGUUGUACUAAUUUUAUUUUUAUUUGAACAAUAUCUGCUUAUCAAACAUUUAUUAUCAUUAUCAUUUAUCACAUCUCAAACACAUUUUUCCACAUCACCGUAUCCUGCGCCGCCAGUUUAUCAAACAACGCCAUUGACACAGCUUAAUAAUUCAUCAUUUUUUCAUACUGCGGCACCACGUAAUACCACAUAUACUAUGGAACCACACAACAUCAUUGCGUCAAGCGUAAAUCCGUCGUUUUCGCCACUAGCAUUACCAUCGUCUACUCCUAAUACAUCAUACUGUUUUACCGUAUUUCCAUCACCAAAUGCUCAAUCAUUAUUAUCUCCAACAGGAAUGGGUCCAAUUCGUCGUCGUAAGAACAAUAAUACUAGUAAUAACACAAACGCAGCAUUACCGUAUAAACGUUUUUCGAAACACCAUUUUCAAUUAAAGGAUAUAUUAGAUAGUAAAAAUUAUGAUGAAAUAUAUCAACAAAUAUUUAAUCGAUAUUCAAACAAUAUAAAAUAUUUAUGUGUAGCAUUAACAUCGGCAUCACGUAGAUUGAUUUCUAUUCAUUUAAUGUUUAAGAUAAGACCUAACUACACACGGUUAUUUUUGAAUGAUAUUAUAACAAAUGCCACGAGAGCGAAUUAUGAAGAUGUAUUAGACGACGACGAAUUCAACGAAUCGAUAAAACUAAACAACAGCAAUUAUAUCGAAUCAAACACAUACACAUCUACUAAAACGAAAACAAAUUCAAGCAAUAAUAAUAACAGCAAAAGUAAAAAUCAUUUUAAACAGCGCAAUGAUAAUGCAGCACUGGCAUUACAGCAACUAACAGUCACUGAAGGAAUGAAAAUUCUUCGAACCACAAUGCCGUAUGAUUAUGUUAUACAUUCAACUGCAAUGAGAAAUACACUAGAUAAGACGAUUGGUGAACAAGAACGAAUAGAAAAAUUAUUGCAGUAUCAGCCACAAUAUCCGAUCACAUCAUUCUCUGUACCACCAUCUCAUAUCGAAAAAAUUAAUAAUUGGUUGGCUAAUGACUUUCAUGAACGUAUUCAUGAUCGAAAUCCAACAAGAACAAGAAGCAAUUGCUUGUUUAUCAUAGGAGAAACGAAAUCAGGUACGAUAGAAUUGCUGGAUAUAUUAAUACAUUUUCUGGGCUCCAAUCUUGCCGAAUGGUGUGACCGAGCAGAUUACGUAGUAUUUGACGAUAUUCCCUGGGCAGACAUUAAAAAACAAUCGAAACAAUUAUUAACAGCUCCGGGUGAAGUCCAAGUUACAGAUAAAUAUCUUCGAAAAGAAAAAAUAAGAAACAACAAACCUUGUAUAUAUUUACUGAAUUUCGAAGAUAUCGGCGACUUGAUGAAACUUAAAUAUUGGCAGAAUAAUGGCGUAUUUGUACUUCUCGAUGAAAAUGAAAAAUUAUUUGUGUAA